AUGGCUGACCAGCAAGACCAAGGCCAAGAUGAAGGCCAAAUCCUCAGCUGGCCUGAGUUGUACCGGCUGCGACAAACCAUUGACUUUUUUGACAACUUCUGGAAGAAGCAAAAGCGAUGGGAACCGCGUGAGCGGGUUCCCAUCUUCGAAAGAUUGCCGAUCCCAUUCUGGGACCCCCCGAGGCCCGACCCUGCCUAUAGGAAUCCCCAGGUGACGCAGGAUGACGCUUCGGGACGCAACGUGCCAUUCCACCACUCCCCCAGGACGGACUCCAGCAGUGAUUCGCCGAUGGUUGACCAGAUGAGGCGCUUCUUCGAGGGCUUGAACAUGGGCUACACCAUGGUCAAGGUCCUCGGGGCUGGGUCGCAGGGUGUGGCUGUCCUGUUCGACUUCAAUGGGGAGAAAAUCGUCAUGAAGUGGAGCACCGAGCUGCGCGCGAUGGUCACGGAGCUGUGGGCUAAUAGGAAAAUGGUCGGCGCAAGACAUAUCGUUCAGCGAAAAUGGAGACCAGGAAUUCUUGAAAUGGGUCUGGAUCGUGACGGUGAAAGGAUUAAUGAUAUUCUCGUCCUGGCACACCUAAGCUACUACAAGGAGGAACUAAAUGACAUCGUGGGCCCUAGAGUUCCGUUGAUGGGCCUUCUUCGGAAAAUAUCUCAGCAACGGCCUUACCUAAAGGACUCAGAGCUGUGGAAUGUGUUUCUGUGCCUCUUCCGAGCCUGUGUUGGCCUGGCCUAUCCCGAUCGCUGGGCCCCUCAAGGAUAUGUCCCGGGCCAAGGCGACGCCCCUGACCAGGAGGAGUUCGUCCCCGUAGACGCUACUGGUCGAGCCCUACCCACAGACCUCGGCAUUAUCAACUUUGACAUGAACGACCGCAAUGUCAUGAUCGGCGACUUCAGUAACACGAAUCCGCCAGAACACCCCCACAACCCGGUCCCGGUCGUCAAAGUCGGCGACCUCGGAGUCGUCUCACGCUUCUUGCCGGAGCACCGUAAUGACUUUACUGCUUGUGUUAUGGGAAGGAUCCGCGGAAAUAUGUGGUGUAAUAGUCCUGAGCAGUUUACUGACACAUGGAAAAAUGUCGACAGCAUGGAGUCGUUGGCUGCGGACGAUGUGGCUGGAAAAUUUGACUGGUGGUCGAAUCUGUGGCAGGUCGGGCGUCUUAUGGCUAUCAUGGACCCUGUGAAGGCGAUGAUCUGGACAUACGCGGGUCACCUCGUGGGCCCGGAUUAUGACCGUUACGAUCCAUUGCUUCGGUCGACGGUCGCCUGGUGCAUUGCGCACAGGCCAAUGGACAGGCCUCAGAUUCUCGAGCUGGAGACACUUCUCAUGGCUGCUGUAGCCGUGGACCGCAGCGCCACUGAGGGACCGGACCGCACCACCAUUGCCUCCCUGCUCGGCUCCGUACCUCCUGCUAUGACACAAACGCCUUCUGGACUUGUCAUACCUGCUGCUGGACCUGCUGGGCCUGCUGGGCCGUGA